AUGGGCAAAAAGGAUGCGGUCAGGCCGCGCAUCGUCUGCUGUGCGAUCCCCAUUCUCCGCUCGUCGGGCAAAGUCCUUCUCAUCACCAGCCGCAAGAGAUCAGACCACUGGAUUCUACCAAAGGGCGGGUACGAGACUGCCGACGUCAGUCUAGAGGCCGCGGCAUGUCGCGAGGCGCUAGAGGAAGCCGGCGUCCGCGGACCGAUUACUUGCUUCGUCACGACUAUCAAGGGCGUCACUGCAACCUAUCACGUCUAUGAACUCGAUGUGACUGCGCUCGAGUCGACCUGGCUUGAGCAAUCGGAGCGCGCGCGGGAAUGGGUCGAUUAUGCAGAGGCCGUUCGACGUCUUGCUUGGAAGCCAGAGCUGGUCCAGGCACUCACCCUCUCGUCGCUUGCCCCUAGGCGAUAG